AUGGAGACGAGCUCAAAUUCGACGGCGUGCCGGGAUGUAGAGUCAGAACAAGUGCGUAUUAAGCUGGAGAGAGCUCGGUCCAGGGUAGGAAGGUCACUUGCUAAUAUACCGACUGGUCGCACGUACGACUCGCCGCCGGACCAACCUGUGUGCGACGCUUUUCUGGUGCAACCGCCUGCGGAUCCGGAUAAUGUGCGAAAGGAUGACGCUCUGAGGCAGGAAAGUGAAACGUCGAGAUCUGGAAACACUGAGAGUCAUGAGGAGAGGAAGGGUGAGGUCGAGUUGACGAAGAUCUCACAACUCGGGACCUUAAAGAGUAUGUGCAUUACAACAAUAGAGCAGUUUUCUACGAACAGUGUCAGCGAUGACAAUGAUAAAAAGGAUGUCAGCCUAACGUCAGAAGCUUCCCCCCCCCUGCCGGUUGCAAUUUCAGUUGUAAUGAAUUCAUCUCCACUGCAGUCGCCGAUGACCACCACAGCCCGAAGUCUGGGCGAGGCCGGGGUUACAGAACCCCCAGACCACAACAAUAAGUCUCAUCAUGUAACAUUGAAACCGGAACUUGCACGAGAAGACAGAGUACAGCGGGCAGACCAUCGAUCUCUGAAUGAGUUCCUUGUUUCUGAACUCGAGGUGUAUUGCUCGCAAUUGCUGGGUAAAGGAUACUCGCAACGCGGAUCUUCUGGUGCUUGUGACCUUGCUCGGGUCACUGGCUUACAGCUGUUUCAGGAUCAUCAGCGAGCUCUUAUGGACUUUGAUGACGACUGGAAAAGAUCACAUGCUGAUAAGAGACCCGCCCUAGGGACCCUCACCGAAGUCCAAGAAGUAGCUUCAAAUUUGAAUUGUAAUCCUUUCCAGCUUGGAAACUCAAAUCCUAUCAGCGUAAAUGAAUGGCAGACGCUAUUGACGCAGGUUAAAGCUUCUAAUACGAAGUCGACCCCGGCAGGGAAGCCAAAAUUCUUGCAAGUUGGUGUUCCUAAAGGUCUCGACUUUUUGGUUGCUUCGUACAAACGAGGGUCGAACGGACUCAUUGUUGGACAAGAUGACUGCUACAAUGAGCGUGAGCAGAUCAGUGCGUUUGUGGCUCAAAUUACAUUAAAUCAACAUACAUCGGCACUGUAUGUCGUGGUGUCUGCUAGCUCUGACCUCGCUCAAUGGGAGAAGGCGCUGUCGUCUGAGAGUUUAAUUCGAAAGUAUCCGUAUUGGGGUACUAAGAAAGAUCGGCAAAAUCUUCUGCAGAUGUUGAGCAACGAGUACUUUUCAACCCAUAGCCUGUUCGCACACGUUCUGCUUGCAAGCUACGAAACGUUCAUGGAGGAUAUCUCAAUCGUUGCAUCUCUUCAGUGUCAACUAAGUGUCAUUGAUGUUCAUCGUCAAACAAAUGACAAAAUCACAGCAAUUUGGCCACAACUGCUUUCGAUAAGGUGUCGUCAGCGAUUGCUGCUUUGCCAUUCAUCGCACAAUUUUGACGCGCGAAAACUUUUGCACUUUCUUGUCCCUGAAGUGUUCAGCUCGCGGCGGAAACUGCUGGCAUGGAAUAGUGCAGCGUUUCAUCCACAUCAUAUAAGUGCAAUUUGCAACGUGGUGAAGGCUUUUGUGCUGAGCUCAAAUGAGGGAAUAUGCGCCGCCUUUAUAUCAAAUGUUGCAUCGUGCACCCAACAAAAAAGCGAAAUUGAAAUGACUGCCAUGGAUACUCUUUACAAGCAAGGCAUUGUGAGAGCAAUGGAGCCAUCAAUCAUGGUCCCAAUGAAGCGGGUUCUUAGUCGAAAGUCCCGAAGCCGUCCUAGCAGACAUAUACCGGCGCAGGGAAAGCUUGAGCAGCCAGAUCCACCAACUAAUCACGUUGACUCGCAGCUUGUGAUCAAAGCUCACAGUGUUUCCUCUAAGAAACGGCGACGGAGCGACGGCACGCCUGGAUCACGCCAACGUAUCGGUCGUUGUGGCAAAUGCUCUGGGUGUUUGACUGAGGAUUGUAUGAAAUGUGGACACUGCCAAGAUAUGAAGAAAUACGGCGGACCAGGCCUUCGGAAACAAUCUUGUAAGAAUCGUAAGUGCUUAAAUCCGAAAAUAUGGGGAUAUGCGACAAGAAAGAGGAAGCGCAGCAAAACUAAGCGUGCUAAACCCUCCUCAAGCCGUAUAAAUGGUGACUUAGAGGUCGAUGAUGAUGGGUCCGUGGCUUACUCCUCCAUCGAAAGUGAUGGAGAGUCUGUGUCAACCGCGCCACAUGGAAAUGGCGACUCGGGUGACGAAUCUUUUCGAUACUCCGAUGCCCCAAUAGAUUCUCCGCGUGAUUUGUUGUUGCCGGCAAGUGAUACCUUACUGGACGAUAAUCUAUCUCUCAGUGAUUUAAGCUCCCGAUCUGCGUCUGCAAAAUCACGUGUGAAGUAUGGAGGACCGGGGUUAAGAAAACAGACGUGUAAGAAUCGCAAAUGCAAUGCUCCGAAAAUACUGAUGCUUAACAAGGCAAAAGGAGGCGACGAUCAGUAUGUUGACGAGAAGGGAAAUGUGGUCUAUAGCGGGCGAAAUGACAGUGUAUUGGGAUCGUCUCAGAGGUCUCAUUCAUCGGAAACAGCUUCUUUUAGUACACCAAUUCAUACAGACGUGCUUACUGUUAUUCAAGAAUGUGAGCGCUUUGUGCAGCCUCGACUAGUAUUUGCUUGCGUAGAUUGCCCUGCGCGUUUCAGCUCGAAUAGGAUUCUCUCCUUUCACGUGCGCGUGGAACAUGCCACGUUAACAAGUCAUGAGAGCUAUAGCACGGCUGCCUGGGAGCGGGAAGCAAGCCGUUUACUAGCGCAGCCAAUAUAUCAACAAGCUAUAAUGAGUGCCGAAUUAAAGCACCAGGAUGGAGUCUCACAUACCUUGCCUUUAGGAUAUGCGAAGCUGGAGGGUCACGGUUUUCAAUUUUUUUUUGUUGAGCCGUUCAUUAUUCUAGGACGCAUGGAGACGAGAUGGUGCAAGCUUUAUAAGAGUCUACAAUGUACUGAAACUGUCCAAUUUGCAGCGCCUGAGUAUCACUUUUGUUUUCAUGCAAACAUACAAGGUCUGGUGGAUAAGGGCGACGACGUAGCAGGUAACACCGCCGCUAAAGCUAGUGCAACAAACACAUCGGCCAAAGUUGCAGCACCAGACUCCGACAAAGUCGAUAUCUAG